AUGGCCGCCGGCGGCGGCGGUCAAGGGGACAUAUCCGGAGGCGAGUCGGAAGGCGAAGAGGAGACUAUCAUGCUCCGCGGCCGCAGCAAGAACCGGCAGGCUGUGGAGCUGAUAAUCAAGCAGGAGAUCUGCGCGCUCAAGAACGCGCGGCCGAAGAUCACGGCGGCGGGGAUCUGCCAGGUGUUGCGCGCGAAAUACGGUAACUCCACCGUGCGAGAGUCGCAGAUCCCGCGCAUCCUGCGCGACGAGCACAAGUGGGGCCGCGCGCCCGCGAACUUCAAGCGCGUGAGGCAGCCGCACAACGUGCGGCUGGAGGAGGCUCUGGCGGUGUGGGUGCGCGAUAUGAAGGCGCGAGGAGACUUCCGUGUGACGUGCGAUCGAAUCUUGGAGCAUGCGAAGGACAUUGGCCCAUCGCUGGGCGUUCCCGCAUCUUUUAGGUACAGCCGCGGGUGGAUCUCUCGCUUCCUCAGGCGCUGGGGUCUCACACGCAAGGCAGUGGAAGCAGCAAGGGAGGCCAACUUCAACCCCCUAGACCCCUCCUCGGGCCCCUCGCACGGCGGAGGGGGAGGCACCGACAGCGCCGCACACAUCAUCGACAGCAGGAGCCUGCUGGAGCUCGCAGACGAACAGCUAGAUCUGGAGGAAGCCGCCCGCCGCGCAUCUGAGCCGUCGGAUCUGCUUGCUGAGCUGGCAGAUGAGGAUAUCUUGGCCGCUGCAGCCAGCAUUCCUGCAGUGGGGAGUAGCGUUGUGGCGGCUGUGGCAGGCUCUAGGGGCGCGCAGUAUGCUCCCAGUGCUGGGGGGAUUGGGGGGCCUGGUGGGCAGUAUACUCCUGGGGUUGGGGGGGCUGGUGGGGGGGGAAUGGGGGGUGGGGGAGAGUCCGUUGGGGAGGGGCAGCUGCAGGCUGUAGCGGAGGAAGUGCUUCUGGGGCUGGACGGAUCUGUAGCCCGGGCGCCGGCUCCUGCUGGUGCUUCUGGCGCUGCUGCUGGUGCUGCUGCUGGUGCUGCUGCUGGUGCCUCUGGUGGUGGUGGUGGUGGUGGUGGUGGUGUGUACGCGCCUGGCUCACACAUGCUUGUGCCUUCCGGAGCGACUUUCUCUGCCUCUCAAGGCCCAUACACGUCCUCUGCCCUCGCCCAGCUCUCUUCCGCGCCUCCCCACGCGCCCCAUCCCCCGCCGCCGCCCCCCCAGCGGCGGCGCAACAUCACAGUGAAGCUCAAGCGCGCCAUCUGCGUGCUGAAGCGCGCCAAGCCGCGCCUGCGCGCGUCCGCGAUUAUAGACGCCGUGCGCGCGAGCACGGGCAUCUCCCUAGGCACGCACCAGGUCUCGCGGAUCCUGCAAGAUAGUGACCGUUGGAUGCGCGCCCAGACCAACGCGAACGCCGUCAAGCGCGUGCGGGACCCUGAGAACGCGGCACUAGAGGAAACCCUAGCGGAGUGGGUGAAGGAGAUGCGGGCGAAGCAUGGCGAGGCGAUGGUUACCAGGGACGACAUGAUUGACCAUGCGAAGAGGAUCGGUCCCGGGUUGGGGGUUCAGCCGGGGUUUAAGUAUAGCCGGGGGUGGCUGUCGCGGUUUUUGUGGCGGUGGGGGCUGCAGACGAAGGAGGAGAGGGAGGCGGCGAGGAGGGAAGGAGGUGGUGACGGGGCGGCGGCUGCUGGGGAUGCUGGGGGUGCUGGAGCUGGAGGUCCGCUGGCGUUAAUGCCACCUGAUGCUGAUGCUGAAGGGGAGGCUGAAGCAGGUUCUGCUGGUGCUGAUGCUGCUGCUGGGGCCGCUGCUGGGGCCACUGCUGGGGCUGGGACUGGGGCAGCAGGAGCUACAGCUGGUGCUGGUUCUGGGGCUGCUGGGGCAGGGAACGACACUGGCAGCGACCUUAUCGUAUCCUCUCACGAUUUUGUCAUUACCGGGACCGACAGCGACGAGGAUAAUUUCCUUCGUCUGGUGGAGGAGCAGCUUGCGGAGGUUGAAAAGGCAGGCGGCAAGGCAGCCAGGGCUGCGCUCAUGUGGGGCGAAGGGGCUGAGGGGGGCGAGGGCGGAGCAGCAGGAGAGGGCGGAGGCGCAGGAGGAGAGGGCGGGUCUUCUGAAGGGGAGGAUACCGGGGACGAGACAGACAUUGGGGAAGGCGGGGGGGAGAGGAAGCGGCGGUACGGUGCGGGGGUGUUCGGAGGGAUGGGGAGCGGUGAGGGGGCAGGAGAUGCACUUGAUGUGGAUGCGGAUGGGACCAGGAGGAGGCGGAUGGUGCAAGUGAAGGUGAAGCGGGCGGUUUGUGCCUUAAAACGAGCGCGGCCUGAGCUCACAAGCCGGGAGAUCAUCGACGCAGUGAGAGUGAAAUACGGAGUGGACCUCCCCCCGUCGGCUGUGCCGAGGAUUCUGAAGUAUGACGAGCGGUGGCAGCAGGCGGGGGCAGCGGCGUCGUGCCGGGUAAGGUCAUGUAUGAACUCCAAGUUAGAAGAGGUGCUGGCGGCGGCUGUUAGACGGGCGCUGGCCCGAGCUGCUGGUGAGGCGGGUGAGGGGGUGAAAGGGAGUGAGGGCGGCGAGGCCGGUGGUGAGGGAGGGGAGGGUGUGAAGGGGAGUGAGGGAGCGGAGGGGGCGGGGGGAGAAGGCGGGGAGGAGGGUGCUGCUGGUACUUCAGCAGCAGCAGGUGGUGAAGGGGGAGGAGGUGGAGAAGGAGGAGGAGCAGAAGGGGGGGCAGAAGGAGCAGGAGCAGCAGCAGUGGCAGCGGCAGCGGCAGCGCCAGCAGUGGCAAGGACGGUAACAGUGCAGUCGAUUCUCGACCACGCCAAGCGCAUAGGCCCUCUGCUAGGAGUGGCACCAGGCUUCCGCUACUCCAAGGGGUGGGUCUGCCGCUUCUUGCAGCGCUGGGGCUUCGGCAGCAAGCAUCUGAAGAGCGGGGUUCUAGGGGUGGUGGCUUCUGGGGGGAGUGCUAUGGGGGGUGAUGGGGGCGGGGAGGAGGGGGAGGCGGGGGAGAAUGGGGACGAGGAGGGGAGGGAGGAGCGAGAGGAUCGGGAGUUACAGGAGUUGUUGAGUAUCGUGGAUGGGCAGGCAGCUGAGCAGGCGAGAAUGGAGGCGAUGUACGGGUGGGGGUAUGGGGGAGGGGGAUACGGGGGAGGUGGGUAUGGGGGAGGUGGGUAUGGGGGAGGUGGGUAUGGAGGAGGGGAGACAGGCUCGGGAGGUACACCUGGGCAGGUGCCAUUUGCGGUGGGUGUUCCUGCUGCUAGGCUUGGGAUUAUCCGCACGCCCGAAGCUGCAGCUGCGGCCGAAGCUGCAGCCGCGGCUUGGGAGUAUGCUUCGGGCGGGGGUGCUGGGGGGAUGAGGAAGAGGAAGAGGUUUGGGGUCGGGCCUGGUGACGUGGCAUUGCAUAAUAGGAGGUCCUGA